UGCUGCUGUUGUGGCAAGUGUAGGCCAUUCCCAAGAAAAAAUUACUGAAGAAUGAAGGCGGCGAUGCCGCUCAGAAGAAAGAAGGCGGCAAUGCUGAGGACUAGGAAGACUCUUCCCGAAGACUUGAUACGAGAAAUACUCUUGCGUUUGCCCGUCAAAUCUUUGGUCCGAUUCAGGUGCGUUUCUAAACGAUGGCUUUUUUUAAUUUGCGAUCCCCAUUUCGCUAAAUCGCACUUCGACCGAGCAUCCGAGCACACCCAAAGACUCCUAUUAUCGACCCCUUUGAGAUUUGGGUCCCUGGAAACCGAUGCACCUUUGUGGGACCGUUCUGCUGUGAGAGAACUCUUUUUCCCGUUUAAGCAAGAGGGUCGUGCUUUUAAGAUUGUAGGUUCUUGCAAUGGUUUGGUUUGCGUCUCACUCUCUCAGAAUAAGGGUUUCUAUAUUUGGAAUCCAUCAACCGGAUCCCGCAGAAAGUUGCCUGACCCCCCUGAAACUCCACCCGAUCUUGAGAUACGUGCUCAUGGUUUCGGCUAUGAUUCAUCCACUGAAGACUAUAAGGUCGUUUUGGGCCUUUUCCCAUCAUCUGAAGGCAGGGUCUUCUCGUCGAAAAGAAACUCCUGGAAAACUAUCGAACAUUUCGUUUUUGACUUUAACGACUCAGCAGGGAUCUUUUGCAAUGGUACUCUGCAUUGGGAAGUCUUUCUGGAAGAUUAUACCGAGACAAUCGCUGCGUUUGAUUUAGCUGAGGAGGAGUUUUGGGAGGUGCCGAUGCCCCUACAGUAUGACGAUCACCAUGAGGAGAUUAUUUUCUAUUCUUUGAUGAAUCUUGGAGGGCGUCUUUGUCUUACUUGUCGUUGGUGUUAUAGCUCUACCCAUUUUGAGAUAUGGGUAAUGCAGGAAUACGGAGUGCGGGAAUCAUGGGCGCCAAUGUUUGAAGUUCGGCAUUCCGAUCUAAUCAACUGCAGAUGUAGUCUAAUCCCGCUGUGCUUCCCCAGAGGUGAGAAGCUUGAGGCAAUAUACAUGGGAAAGGAGUUAAUAAGGACUGAUCAUGAUGGAGCGAUUCUUGAACGCCUUACGUUGAGCAGUGACAAAGCUAGUUGUGAAGCAGCUGUCUUUUUUGAGAGUUUACUUUCACCCAAAGUAACGAUGGCGAUGGCAAGAACGGUGAUGACUCUGUCCGAAGACAUGAUUGUGGGAAUACUCCUGCGUUUGGCCGUCAAAAUUUUGGCCCGGUUCAGGUGCGUUUCUAACCAUUGGCGCUCUUUAAUUUCCGAUCCCCAAUUUGCUAAAAGGCACUUCAAGCGAGCGUCAGAGCACACCCAAAAAAUCCUACUGUCGACCCCUUCUACACUUGGAUUCAUAGAGAUUGAUGCACCUUUCUGGGACGGUUCUGCGACGAGAGAUCUCUUUUUCCGAUUCAAGCAACGGGGUCGUGCUGUUAAGACGGUGGGAUCUUGCAAUGGUCUGGUUUGCGUCGCCCUAUAUAACCAAAAGGAUUUCUAUAUUUGGAAUCCAUCAACUGGAGCCCACAGGAAGCUGCCUGACCCUGAAGUUUCACCCGAUGGUGGGACGUACAAGUAUGGCUUCGGCUAUGAUUCAUCCUCUGGUGACUAUAAGGUCCUUGUGGCCUCUUACGUUGCCAGGAAUCCUGGUCAUUUUCUUGGGUCUGAAGGCAAGCUUUUCUCGUUGAAAAGAAACUCCUGGAUAAGGAUUCAAGUCCUCGAUAACCCAUAUAUAUCUUACUACUCAGCAGGGAUCCUUUGCAAUGGUGCUCUGCAUUGGGAAGUCUUGUUGGACGAGCCUUACAAUUGUGAAAUGAUCGUUGCGUUUAAUUCAGCUGAGGAGAAAUUCGUCAACGUUCCUUACCCUCCGAUACCCAUAGAAGAGUAUGCAGAGGAAGAAGAUAUAGACAUAUGUUUCCGUGGUUUGAGGAAUCUUGGGGGACGCCUAUGUCUUACAUGUUAUAGAACUAAUUCGUCGAGUUAUUGGUAA